AUGCCUCUGCGUUUUGUUCUCAAUCAGAAGCUUGCUGGUCGUGCUCUUCCCUUCCACCAUACCGCGCGUUACCAUGGCGGCCAGGAAUCUGGCUUUCACUUCCGCAGCAUUCGCCACAGCUCGUCGCGCUGCCGGAUAAUUCGUCCGGUUACCGUGGCGAACCGAUCUUCAUCUGCUCCGAUUCAUACCUUUUGUGCCUCCUCGGUCUCUCCUCUCCCUGUCCGUGUUUCCAGUAUUCAAAUCACUAGACUGCAUUCCUUUGGCAGGCGAUCACUGAAGCUUGCGACGACCCCAAUCCCUUCGCCACCCCACUUGAGGCCAUUUUCUUCUUGUCAGUCACAGAGUCUAGGCUCUCAGGCCAUGCCGCUUGAUACGGUAGUCCCCAAGGAGGAGGACACUGCUCCAGUCGACAGCUUUGAAGGAAAUGCCGAUCGGGACGCGCGUUCAAUUGGCCCGUCACAGGAUGUCCCCAUAGACCCAGAGUCGGACGAUAAUGUCCCCGUUGAAGCGGAGGAGCUUCAAGAGGCCUUGACGAGACCUCCACCGGUGAACAGCAGCUACUUGCCUCUCCCUUGGAAAGGCCGAUUGGGCUAUGCCUGUUUGAAUACGUACCUGCGGUAUUCAAACCCACCGGUUUUCUGCUCCCGCACCUGUCGCAUUGCGUCUAUUCUAGAAAACCGGCAUCCGCUCACAGACCCCUCCCAGCCUCCUCAUCCCACCAAGAAUCGCCCGGAUCGCACUGAGCCUGCCGAUGUUGCGCGCGGUCAGGCUUUCGUUGAGGCCUUGGGACUCGCGAAUGCGCGUGAUCUCGUCAAGAUUCUCCGUUGGAAUGACCGCUAUGGCAUCAAGUUCAUGCGGUUGAGCAGCGAGAUGUUCCCUUUUGCCAGCCAUAAGGAGUAUGGGUAUAAGCUGGCUCCUUUCGCCGCUGAUGCUCUUGGCGAUGCGGGUCGCGUUAUCGCAGAACUAGGCCAUCGCGUGAGUGUGCACCCCGGCCAGUUCACGCAAUUGGGCACCCCGAAAGGGGAUGUUGUUGAGAGCUCCAUCCGAGAUCUGGAAUAUCACUCGGAGAUGUUGCAGCUUCUCCGUUUGCCACCUCAACAGGACCGGGAUGCGGUCAUGAUCCUUCACAUGGGUGGCGUUUUUGGCGACAAGGAGGCCACUCUUGAUCGGUUCCGACAGAACUACAAGGGUCUGUCACAAGACAUCAAGAAUAGGCUGGUUCUGGAGAAUGACGACGUUAGUUGGUCGGUGCAUGACCUGCUGCCCAUUUGCGAAGAGCUCAACAUCCCGCUUGUCCUGGACUUUCAUCACCACAACAUCAUCUUCGACUCGACCCAGCUUAGGGGUGGCACGUUAGACAUCAUGCAGCUAUUCGACAGGAUUAAGGCCACCUGGACUCGGAAGAACAUCACCCAGAAGAUGCACUACUCUGAACCGACCCCGUCUGCCAUUACGAAUCGUGAACGCCGGAAGCACCGUGACCGUGUUACCGCUCUCCCGCCUUGCGAUCCUGCCAUGGAUCUGAUGAUCGAGGCCAAAGACAAAGAGCAGGCUGUCUUGGAGCUGAUGCGGAUAUAUAAACUCCCGGGCCACGGGCUUUCUAAUGACUUGAUACCUUAUGUUAGGACCGACGAGAACAAGCCUUAUAAGCCCCCGCGUCAGUCCAAGAAGGAUGGUGCGUUUGUUGACUUGGAUGGCCUCGUUCCGCCACCCAAAACUAUUCCCGAUGAAGAGAUCGGUAUGGGAGGUCCUGACGGCCGGGUUUAUUGGCCGCCCGGUAUGGAGGAAUGGCUCCGACCAAAGAAGGUCAUCCGGACUAAGGCGGCUCAGAGUCCGGCCAAACCGCGCGCAUCAAAGAAGACCAAUGGGAAUGCCGAGCCUGUUCAACAGAAUGGAGAGGCCGAUAACGGUAGCGCUGCGGCAACGCCCGACUCCAAAAAGCCCGCGCGGUCCCCGCGUACUUCCACUCCAAAGAAGUCGACAGCAAGAAAGCGUAAAGCUUCUUCUGAGCCAACUCCUUCUCCUGACGAAGAAGAGGAGGCGCCCCCUGAGACGCCCAAGCCUUCUCGGUCGCGGAGUACUGGCACUCGAAAGAGUACUCGCGUGAAGCAGGUCAAUUAUGCUGAGGAUAGUGGGUCGGCAUAG